CCUGUCUGUAGGUGUUACUUAUAUCACAAGGCUACAGGUGCCUUUACUUCCACCGUACACUGGUGUGGGAGCGCCUGCCUUCUCUUGCCCUGAAAGCCUCCUCUUUGGACCUAGUCACCGCUGUCCUCACGCUGAGCAGAGGUGCCUGGUUGAUCAGGCCAUGGGCACCACACCUGUGAUUGCUGCCUCUGACUCGUGUGCGGGCAAGAAGCCCGUGGGCCUGUCCCUCUGACUGUGCGGACCCUCCCUGUGCACACCUGGGUGAUGUUGGACUCAGUGACACACAGUACCUUCCUGCCCAACACGUCCUUCUGUGACCCCCUGAUGUCGUGGACUGAUCUGUUCAGCAAUGAAGAGUAUUACCCUGCAUUUGAGCAUCAGACAGCCUGUGACUCCUACUGGACGUCCGUCCACCCCGAGUACUGGACCAAGCGCCACGUCUGGGAAUGGCUCCAGUUCUGCUGCGACCAGUACAAGCUGGAUGCCAACUGCAUCUCUUUCUGCCACUUCAACGUCAGCGGCCUGCAGCUGUGCAGCAUGACGCAGGAGGAGUUCGUCGAGGCGGCCGGCAUCUGCGGGGAGUACCUCUACUUCAUCCUCCAGAACAUCCGCUCGCAAGGUUACUCCUUCUUCACCGACACCGAGGAGACCAAGGCUGCCAUCAAAGACUAUGCUGAUUCUAAUUGCUUGAAAACAAGUGGCAUCAAAAGCCAAGACUGUCACAGUCAGAGUCGAACGAGCCUCCAAAGUUCUCAUCUAUGGGAAUUUGUGCGAGACCUGCUUCUAUCUCCCGAAGAAAACUGUGGCAUCCUGGAAUGGGAAGAUAGGGAACAAGGUAUUUUUCGGGUGGUAAAAUCAGAAGCCCUGGCAAAGAUGUGGGGACAAAGGAAGAAAAAUGACAGAAUGACGUAUGAAAAGUUGAGCAGAGCCCUGAGGUACUACUACAAAACGGGAAUUUUGGAACGGGUCGACCGAAGGCUAGUGUACAAAUUUGGAAAAAAUGCACACGGGUGGCAGGAAGACAAGCUAUGAUCUGCUCCAGCACCGAGCUCCUCUUACAGAUGUCUUGUCUUCUAGGCCAUCGGAUUGCAAUAGACAUUUGAAAGUCUUUUUUUGCUGUUGUUGUUAACCUGCAAGUGUGCUGAUAAAGUUUCUCCACCUCUCAGCUUCCAUGUGGAUUCAGAGUUGUUGUUGUCUGUUCCCACGGUGACAGCAACCCUUUAAGAAAUUCCUUUUUUUUUUUUUUUUUUUUACCCAAGGGAAGGAAGGAAUGAGCCCGAUCAAACAUCCUUUCCCUAAUCAAGAGUUGCAGAAACACAAUAGCCCGAGCUAUUGGUGCUACUCUGAGCAAAAGGAUCCACCUCUGCCCUUAGAGACUCACCCAGUGCUCCCAUUGGAAAGGCUCAGAAGCUUGAGCCUUUAUUUAACUGCGGCAGCUCGCAAAGGAAAAGUGACUAUUUGGUAGCUAGUAGAGUAGGAGGGGGUGACAGGUGGGUAAGGCAAACAUACUGUAGCUUUUAAAUCGUGCGAGUCAGAUGCCAUAGAAAAAGCGUCUCAAUUAAAUAAGAGAGCGGCUGCAUCGAGCUGGGACAGGAUUGGAUUUAGCAGAGGUGAAUGGUAUGUUUCUGAACCAGAGCGUCGUGUGGGCCACUCAGCAAAACUCCCACGGCCAUCCUAGAGCAACACACUGAAAGUUAGGCACAUAAUUAAUUCCUGCCGAGUUAACGCCCCCUCUUCUCCUCCUGGUGGUGGGGGGCAGCAGAGUUAGUCAGCAGGGACUUGCGCCCCAUUUCCAAAUCACUGCUGUUUCUGAUCCAAGGUGUCAGCACCACAAGGUUGUAGCUUGUUGAUUCUGUGGCCAAGACGUUAAACCUUGGAGCUGGCCCUGUCCUGACACCUCCGUAACGGCCGAUUCCAUUAUAAGGCUCCUUGGCUUUGUCUUCCUGGCAUGUACCCAAAAGCUCUAAGACACAUCUCCUUGGCAAAAGGACGGACAGUGAAUUGAUAGCAGUAAAUGCUGACGGGUUAAGGUCUGCACUGACGUCUUCUCGUGGCUCUCGGGUGGGGUAGGGAAGCCAUCGGUGACCCACGACCAGGUGGCAGGCCCCGAGGACUGCUGCUCCAGCAAAGCUUCCUGCUUCAUGCGACCAGGCACUGAACCACCAUACAGGACAAGGACCUCCGUGCUUAGAGCUUCACUUCAAAUGCAACUUGUUCUAAAAAAUGUGAAUUACUGUAAAAUAAUCUAUUUUUGGAUUCCUGUGUUUUCCAGGUGGAUAUAGUUUAUAAACAAUGUGAAUAAAAUAUUUAACACGUUAAAA